UUGAGUUUGUUGUCAAAAUUGCCAGUAAGAUUUGGACUAAAAAUUCAGCUGCCUUUAUUAAAAAGACGAAAUUUAAUGGCACAGCCACAGGAAUCAGAAUCGCGACAAGUCGAGCUGGCUCAGGUUGCAUCGCGUUCAUCGUUCUAUUACUACAAUCCCUAUGAGAAACGCACUGUUGAGGUUCCAUUGAACAACUUUGAUGCCUUUGUGUCGCUGCUGAAAUGCGUGAUUGGCACUGGUAUACUGGCCAUGCCACUGGCUAUACGCUACUCGGGCAUUGUGUCUGGCGUAUUGCUCUCUAUGCUGUUAAUGAUACUGCUCACCUAUUGCAUACAUUUACUGAUAACGGGCAUGACCGAAUGCUGUCGACGCAUACAUGUGCCCCAGGUAUCCAUGCCGGAGGCUGUGCAAAUUGCCUACGAACUGGGACCCAAGUGCCUGCACUGCUUUGCCUACACAGCCGGAUUCUCCACUAGCUGUGUGCUAAUCAUUGGCCAAUUCGGUCUCUGCUGCGUUUACAUUGUGUUCGUUUCCAAGAAUCUGAAGGAAAUUGGCGACGUCUAUAUAACACCAAAGUACAAUGAACGCUACUAUGUGAUCGGCGUUUGCGUGCUGCAGUUGCCCAUAUUCAUGAUAAGGCGUCUAAAGUACCUGGUGCCGUUGAAUAUUGUAUCCAACUUUCUGCUUUAUAUGGGCUUUGCCAGCAUUAUGUACUAUGUGUUUAGAGGGCUGCCAAAUCCACAGGAUCGUGAUCUAUUCAAGCCGCCCACAGACUGGAUCAUGUUCUUUGGCAUUGCAGCAUUUUCGCUAACAGCUGUGGGCUCGAUGCUUGUUGUGGAAGCGAACAUGGCGCAUCCGCAGGACUAUCUUGGAUUUUUUGGCGUCUUGAACUUGGCUGUGAUUUUUAUACUCAUCUCAAAUCUAUUCUUUGGCAUUAUGGGCUAUUGGCGCUUUGGCGAGCGUGUUGAGGCCAGCAUUACCUUGAACAUACCGCAAGAUGAAAUACUUUCGCAGAUAAUCAAAGCCGCCAUUGCCUUGGGCAUAUUUCUGAGUUAUCCUUUGAAUGGUUUUGUGGUUGUUACAGUUAUAUUCAGUGAUUAUGGUCUGGGCGCUUUGCAGAAGAAGCGUCAUUUUUGUAUAGAGUGCAUAGUGCGCAUUACUUUUUUACUAUGCACUGGCAUUGUGGCUGUUUUGGUGCCCAAUUUGGCUGCGCUCACUGAGUUGGAGGGCGCCUUUUCUUUGGCCAAUUUGAAUCUGUUGUGCCCCGCUCUGAUUGAUAUGUUCCUCAACUAUGAGUCGGGCUAUGGCCGCUUGCGUUGGAAACUUAUACGUGAUAUUUUGCUAAUAAUUGUGGGCAUCGUGUCGGGCGUUGUGGGCUGCACUGUGGCCAUACAACAGAUGGUUGAUGACUUUCGUGGCACAAUUAAAACUAUAAAGCAAUAAAUUAAGCAAGUAACACAAGCUGUAGCUCCGA